AUGCGUCCUCACGAGCUCGCGCACCUCUCGUCAUUCCCAAGGCUGCGAAAGCUCGUCCUCGCCGUCGGCAGCCUCACGUCCGUCCCUGACUCUCUUCUGUCGCGGAUAGCCGACACGUGUCCAGAUCUGACGGACCUCCACGUCGGUUCAAUGGAGCGAUGCUACAGGCGCGGGGGCUUCACUGAGAGCGGGCUUUCUUAUCUUCUUGAGAGAUGCACUCGGCUGGAGGGCCUUCGGCUUUAUUGCCAGCAGUUAGUAACUGCCAUUCCUCCGUCAAUCGGCCGCCUUGUUUCACUCAAGAGCCUGCACAUCAACGGCGGCUCUCGCCUCCCAGACGCGUUCACCUCGUUACAGUCACUCGAGCAUCUCGUGCUUGAAAUGUACGGCCUGGAUGAGUUGCCUCAGCAUUUCGGCAAUCUGAGCCUGCUGAAAUCGCUCCAUCUGAACGGCUACCUGCCGGUGCUUGAAACCCUACGACUGGAGGCGGUGGGGGGGAUCACAAAUCUGCCCUCGAGUCUCGGGCAGCUGCAGCGGUUGCGGCUCCUCUCCGUAAUCGGCUGCAACGAUAUGAUCGCCUUGCCUGACUCCCUCUCGCAUCUGCCUUCCCUCACGGAGCUCAUACUGCUCGACCUGACGCUCGACCGUCUACCUCACGGCGUUGGUCGAUUGCCAUGCCUACGCACACUCAACCUUGACGUUGGCGAUCUCUUCCUCCUGCCGCCCUCUGUAUACCUUGCCACAGCUCUCAAACACCUCUCGUUUGAGUACUCCUCCGCCCCACAAUCUCUGCCCGAGGAGUUCGGGCAGCUAACUGCUUUAGAGACCCUGAGCCUGGUUAAGCUUUCGCAGCUCACCAGUCUGCCCGCAUCCUUUGGCGACCUGACGAGCCUCAAGCAGCUGAAAAUAGCCGAAUGCGGCCAGCUGGCGCAGCUUCCAGAUUCCAUCAGCCGCCUGUCUUCCCUUGAACUGCUGGAAAUCUUUUACUGCUGCUACCUGACAGAGCUACCGCAGGGCAUGGGGGAUGGACUGCGCAGCCUGCGCGGACUGAAACUGCUUGAAUGCAAGGCUCUCAUCUGCCUCCCUCCGUCCUUCUCCAGCCUCUCCUUAGAAACCCUAAAAAUCCGUCGUGCGACCAGCUUACACGGCACCCUGCCAGGCGGUUUGGCUCGUUCCACAAGCCUCAAGAAGCUCUCUCUCUCCUCCCUGCCGCACCUGACCGCCCUGCCUGCCUCCCUCCCUGCCACCGCCCGCAACCUCACCAAACUCGUGCUGCUCAGCUGCAAGCAAAUCAAGGCGCUGCCAGAGGAGAUCGGACGGCUGGGAACGCUCGAGAAGCUGAGGCUCUCUGAACUUCCCGACCUGAAGUCGCUUCCUCGGUCGCUGUGUCAGCUGCAGCGGUUGAAAUAUCUGGAAGUGAGUUCCUGCAGCACGCUGGAGUCGCUGUUUGGGGAUGAGAACCUGGGAGCGGCCGGGCAUGACCUUGGGGGGAGUAGAGCCCUCCUCAGCUUGGGGGGAGAAGCGCUCAAUAGUUUCAGCUGCGGGGGAUCCAAGGAGAGUGGCGAAUCUGUGUUCUUUCCAUCCCUUGAGGUCUUCAAGCUUUCGGCACUUCCACUGCAGCGGCUCGGUCCAUCGCUGGGCUCCUUCCCGUCGCUAACCAAGCUGGAAAUCCUCGAAAUGCAUCGCCUCACCUCGCUCCCAGCCUCCAUCUCUCACCUCUCUCGCUUGCAGUCUCUCACGAUGAUAGUGAUAUACGGUUCAGCGAAUCUGGACGAGGGAGAGCGUGUGGUGGGUGGCUCCGAGCAGGAAAAUGAGGGGGUGGCGGAGAUAGGGGAGGAAGACGGGGGGAGUGACGGGGAGGAGGGAGAGGGGAGCGAAGGGGAGGGGAGUGAAGGGGAGGGGGGAGUGGGAAGCGAAAGGGACGGGAGUGAAGGGCUGUGGAGUGGGGAAGAAGGGGAGGUGGUGGAGUGA